GACACCACCUGGACAUCAGAUAUGCAUGUGUCAUCCGACAAGAACAUUCACAGCUAUAUACUCAUUAUGACAAAAUCAGAACGGACACAUUUGAUCAUCGUAUGCUGUCAUGCGAUUUAUAUCGGAGGUCCUAGCAAAGGCUUGGAUGAGGAUGAGUGGAUUCAGCCAUGAGCCAAAGUUGCUGAUAUUAGAUAGCCUACUGGCUCCGUUCCAAAAAGGCGAAACCCCUACAUUUGUGAAGCAUAUCAGAGCUGGAUUGCAAAAAUAUGAGGGGAGUGGAGGUGCGGGUGUUUUGAUUUUUUCUGGGUAUGUUGUCUUUCUUGCUCAAUGCAUAUCUCAGAGUAACCCUAAUGAAUGUAUACGUAGAGGUGCAACAAAACGAGACAAGACGGAUCUCACAGAAGGACAAUCCUAUCUGAAUCUCUCCCGGGAUAACAACUUCUUCCAAUCUAUCACGAAGAAUACAGCCAACAUGUUUGCCGAAAACCAUGCAACAGACUCCUAUCAAAACAUCCUCUUUUCCCUACUGCUAUACCGCCAACAUACGAAAUCAGCUUAUCCGAGGAAAAUAACCAUCAUAACACACGAAUUCAAACGAAAACGUUUUCUGGAUUUACAUCUCCCCGCUAUUGGUAUCUUACCAAUGUCAAUGUCAAAGAUCGACGUAAAUUUUGUAGGUAUUAAUCCUCCGGAAUAUAUCACACCUGUCGCAGGAUUAGUGAAAGGGGAAGAGAAGAGGGGUCCUGGACUGUGGAAGGAUGAUCUUUAUGGUAAGGGGGAGGUGCUGAGUUGGAAACGACGGGGAAGAGGAUGGAAUCAAGACGAGGAAGAAAUGGUUCUUGAGGGCGAAGAGAAUGAGGUUGUCAAGAGACUGGUGAAAUGGCAGAGAGCUGGCCCGUUUCCUGAGAUGGACGAUUUGCCCUGGGUAUGAGUUCGCUUGCUUUGUAUCAUUAUGCAUUCAAAAUGGACAGUAAUAGCUGGUGAACACAGGCAACCCUGUUAGAUAAUGCGCUUAGGCACAGGCUAAAUCAACUCAUUCGUCCACAGCCUCCAGCCUGCUCUGACCUCUUUAGAUUUUGACUCGAACUUUGUGAUGAACUACUCAACUCAUGCUAGGUAUCCUAGCCGCGUCUCGCUUCCGCCCGCAUACCUCGAUAGAUGUUGAUCAGGGCUGAGGGUAGUAUCUCGAUCGAGAGUCCCUUCGGCCUGGUUCAUGAUACAAACCCAUCCUGUGGAAUAUUUGAGCAUAGAGUAUCAGUAACAUGAAUAGGGACGAAUCACUCGCAGGGUCAUCCCAGAUGGUC